UGCAUCGUCCAAUCAGUAAUUGGAUCAGGCUGCAUUGUGUAUGGCAGCAACACUUAUUUUUUCGCGCUGUUGGUGAAAGCUUCGAUUUAUUUUUUCGAACUCAAAUCGUCAAACACAAUGGAAACCUCAAUCGUUGAUCGAAUCGUCGAUGAAAUUAUCGUAACAUGCAUCAAUGGUACCAUGCCGUCCGACGCAAUCGAGCCAGAUGCAUGUGAUGUGAGAGAAACUGAUAACAAAGCAAUUGCCACGCAGAUCGAUGAGGAUGUUCACGAGCAGAUGGAUAUAAACGAACGUUUGGAGGAUCUGGAACUCGAAUGUGAAGAGCCCAUUGAGACAUCCGUUGAUGAUAAAAUGUCACACGAAUCUGUCGACACAAUUGCAGGUUGUGAUUCUGGAGAAGGUGCGGAAGAGAAGGAAAUGGACAUGAAAGAUCGAUUGAAAGCUUUGGAACGUGAUUGUGACGAACUAGUUGAAUCAUUCUUGUCUGAUGAAGUGUCACCCGAAUUCGCAAGCGGUGAUUACGUAGAAGCUGCGGAAGGAAAUGAUAGCAAAGCAACGGCAGCAGACGAAGUUGAUGAGGAAAUGGACAUAAUGGAUCAGUUGGAAGGGCUGGAACGUAAUUGCGACGAGCUAAUUGAAACGUUCGGCGAUGACGAAAUGCCACUAGAGACGAUCCAAGCAAGUACGUGCGGUGACUCCGGAGCAGCUGCAGAAGUAUGUGGUAACAAAGGAACUAUCACACAGAUUGAAGAAGGCACCCAUGAGCUGGAAGCGCUGAAAAGUGAUGUCAACCUUACUGGUGACAACUAUAUCGGCCCCACACAGUGCAGCAAAAGUGAUGUUUCUCCUGUUGAGAAUCAGAAUGACAAAAUGUCGAGCUGUUCAAGCGUUGCCAAGCCACAGUCCAACCCUGAAAAUGCUAUAAAGACAAGAGUCGACCCGUUACGCUCCAGAGGCUUUGCUACGACUGUCUACACUACUAAACGUAAGAUUUGCAAUUUAUUCCUCUUGCAAAAAUCAAGCCACUUCACACCACACCAUGUUAAGUGUGCGGGAUUCCCGAGCCAGUUGACGGACCAUGAGCUAAUAAUGCUCUUCGAAAAGUGUGGUCCGGUCUUCAUUCUUAACCGGGUACGGGGAAAUACGAUAUUUGUUACGUUCACAAACGCUGAAGAUGCCGAAAGAGCGGUCGAAUUGUUCAAUUAUCGCAACGUCCAAGGUCAUAUGGUCCGGGUAGCCAGAUAUCUGCCAUUGUCCCGAUUAGUUGUCAAAGGGAUUUCAGCCGUCGCUACAAGAAGACUGUUAUUUCAACGAUUCGGAAGCGUUACGCACAAUCUACGAUCCGUGGAGGUAUUCAACGAUCUGUUGUACGAAGGCAGAAUUCGUAGAUUUUGUUAUCUCAACUACGACAGCUACGAAGAAGCGUCUCAGGCAAUAGGUCGCAUAACGAGGCUUUGUGACGACGUAAGUGUUGAGUUCGCGAAUCGACGUUUGGAAUGGACAAAAACGCCUGACACAUUGUACAUCACCAAUUUACGCACAACUAUGACUGAGAAAGAAUUGCUGGAUCUGUUCUGCGUUUACGGGAAAAUAACUUUCCUCAGGUUAGUUCGUAACUUUGCCAAAGUUCAAUUUGAACGUGUCGAAGAUGCAACCCGUGCCGCCUCCAACGUCAACAAGAGUCGACUGGGCAAUGAAAAUGUGAAUAUAAAUUCCUUGAAAAUGUGGAUUAAACGCGAAGAUAGGCGAGACCGGAAUUCUCACCAACGUUUCCCCGACAUGUGUGCGCAAAUGGCUCGCCCAUCUUCCUUCAACUCGGACCGAAAUUUGCGGCCAUCAUCCUCCGAUGUGCGUCACCAUAGUUCUCGCCAAUUUCCCUCCGACAUGAGUGAGCAGAAGUCACGUCCAACGACCUCCGAUACGUUUGACAGUAACUCUCGACCAGCAUCAUUAGAAAAGCGUGAUCGUACGUCACAGCCAGCAUCCUCCGAAAUGCGUGGCCGGAAAUAUCGCAAAUCGUCUGCCGACACGCUGUUUUUGAAGAACUUACGGCCAAGCAUAACCGCUAUCGAUUUGCGUAAAUUGUUUUCCGUCUACGGCGAAGUGGUCACAGUGGACAAAGAAAACAACUCGGCAUCGGUUCAAUUCAGCAAACAGAAAAACGCUAAGCGCGCUGCUCAAGACAUCGACAGAAGCAGUCUGGGCGAUAACGUGCAAAUUUCAUUUGUUGAACAAAUGAAAACAUCGGAUACGCUGCACAUUUACAAUAUGUGCGACGACAUGACCACCAAACGAUUGCGGACAAUUUUCUCCGAUUAUGGUGAAGUGAUGGACGUCGACUUACAUAGUGGCAUUGCUACCGUUGGCUUUCGCUGUAAGAGCAACUGCGAACGGGCUAUGGAAAGCGUCAAGAGAAGUCAAUUGGGUAAGAAUGUUGAGAUUUCAUUUUUUGCAAAAGAAAAGCACUAAAGGGUAGGGUGUCAACUACCACACAUUUUUUUUUCACAAUUUUUUCUCAUGGAAACUUUUCCAUAUCAUUGAAGAUGAUUUUUUUUGAAUAUUUUGGUACAAAACGUUUGAUUGGUGGAAUUUUGAAAUUGUAUUCUUUUUGAACAUAAAU